CUCAGUGCGGCGACACGGAGUCAAAACGCGUAUUCAUAGUAAGUUACCACUCCACACCGGGUACACUGGUACACACAGAUACAUGUACCACAUCACCGUAGUGGUAAAUACCUCACUAUUAUUUUUGUCGUGUGUGGGUCCGACCGUUGAGUUCGUUAUUUAUCACCGCAAAUAAUUUAUUAUAAUAUUAUUACACUAUAUCGCGUUAUAAGUUAUUGUUAUUGUAUCGGCGAUGGCCGAACUUAAAUCGUCGAAAAUAGACGCGGAAAAUGGCAAGAGCGAGUACAAUUUGUUUAAAUCCUCCUUAGCUCAAAUCGGUACGAUCAUCGUUCAGAAUGUGAUAAUGUUGGGCUUUGGCAUGUCGCUGGCCAUACCAACGGUGGUCAUCGGGUCGCUGAUGACGGACAACGUCGACGGCGGCGGAGGCGACAGCAUGACCUUGACGGAAACGGAAGCGUCGUGGUACGGCAGCGUGCUGCUGGUAUGUCACCCGACGGGAGGUCUGCUGUCGGGCGUGCUGCAGGAGAUCGUGGGCCGCAAGUGGUGCAUGGCCCUGGUCAGCGUACCGCAGCUGGUCGGCUGGUACGUGCUGUGGAGAGCCGGCAACGCUUUCGAUCUGUACGUGUCGUGCGUGGCGCUCGGCCUGAGCAUGGGCCUGAGUGAGGCGCCAGUGCUGACGUACGUGGGUGAGACGGUCGAGCCCAGGCUUCGUGGCCCGCUGUCGUCGGUGUCCACGUUCACCAUCAUGCUCGGUUCGUUCGUCGCGUACCUCAUGUCCACGGUCAUGCCUUGGCGGACCGUCGCCAUGAUCAACAUGGCCGUGCCCGUCAUAUCGUUUGCCGCCGUCGUGCUCCUGACACCCGAAUCGCCUGUAUGGCUGUUGUCGAGGAACAGGCCCGAAGAGGCUAAAAAAUCACUGGCCUACCUGAGGGGUUGCGUGAGCACGGCCGACAUAGAAGACGAGUUUUCCGAACUUUCGAUCUACGCGGGAUUCAACAAGUCCGUCGAUCUCGAGCAGUACGCCGACUGUGGGAUAGAUCAACGUCGUCUGUCCUACGUCAAGUACCUGCAGAUCAACACCAACGACACUACCAACGCCGAAAUUGACAUUCUCGCCAACCAAAACCAGGUCGGUUUUCUGGACACGCUGAGAAGUUUUUGGUCACCAGAACUUAACCGACCGUUCUUCUUCAUAAUGCUCUUCUUCUUCUUUUGGUCGUUUGCCACGUUCAUACCGGCCAAACCGUACCUGAUAGCUGUGUUUAGCGAAAUCGGUUUACCGUGCACUGCUCAAUGGACACUGGUCUAUACUUCUAUAUUGACCUUGGUAGGAACUCUGCUGAAUGUAUUGACCGUCGCAAAGUUCGGCAAACGUCCUAUCACAUUGAUUUCGAUGGCGCUAUGUGCUUUUUCAAUGCUUGGAAUUGGAAUGUACAUGCUUUCUACUACUUAUUUCUCAUUUUCGUCUACGUGGAUACCGAUGAUAUUGUUAAACGCAUUAUUCUUCUUUUCCGGUUACGGUGUGUUUCCCAUUCCAUGGAUGUUGGUCAGCGAAAUAUACCCGACAAAGGGACGUGGCAUAGCAAGCGGGCUAACUGCCGCGUUGGCGUUUUUGAUGACGUUCGUUUUGACGAAAUUUUUUUUGGAAAUGGAAGAGUGGUUCACUCUCCCCGGGUUGUUCAUCGUUUAUGGAUCGAUCACGUUAGUCGGGACUCUAUACCUGUACGCGUGCAUGCCCGAGACUGAAAACAAAACGCUGCAAGAUAUCGAACACUUUUUUAUCGGCGACUUGGACGACUACGAAGACCACGAUAUUCAAAACUGACCCAUCGCCAACAAACCACAGCGUCAAAAUAUUCCUAAUUUGUUAUUCGCAAAAAUCAACAUUGUUCACUAUAAUUUAUAUUAAUUUAAACGUAUUUAUUAUUUAUUGUUAACUUGAACGCCAUUACAUUAUAUUGUACAUUACUAAUAUAAACAAUAAACGGUGUUUUUAAAUAUUUAGGUACCCACUGCAAAAUGACUGAGGAGAAUCCGAUAUUAUGUUAUAGCUGAAAUAGAGCAUAAUAA